AUUAUCUGAUAUUAUUAGAAAGUGCCCCUCCCUAAUAGCUAGAAGGUCAAUGGUGGACAGUUGACAUUGAACGCUAGAUUAUUCCUACGCAUCCUAAUUGUUAAACUCAUGUAUUAUUUUAUAUUUAAAUAAUAAACAUAUAUGAUUAAACAAUAGUAGUUUAAGUCAUAUUACAUGGCGCAGUCGUAGUGGGUAAAAAGUGGAAUAAUACCAAACAAUACAAAUUGGCGUGGAUUGAAGUUAAAAGUAAAUAAAAGUACAUGUGGAUACAUAACCUUUAAGUGGUAAAAAACGGAAAACGAAAAAAAAUUGCCCGCCAAAUUAUUAGAGUCCUUUUGUGGUGAAACAAAUAAAGAAAAGUUCAAGAGGAAAAAUGGAUGUUAGAUUACCAGAACCACUUUCCUUUGAUGGAAAUUUAGCGGAAAAUUUUCGAAGAUUUAAGCAAAGUUUUGAAAUUUAUCUAAUAGCCAGUGGGAAAAGUGAAAAAGAUGACAAGAUGAAGAUUGCUUUGUUACUAAAUCUGAUGGGUGAAGAAGGGAUAGAAGUCUACAACACAUUAAAACUAACAGAGUUACAAAGAGCUAAUUUUCAAACAGUACUAAAUGAAUUGGAGAAUUAUAUGACCCCGAAAAAGAACGUAGUGUAUGAAAGGUUUCUAUUUUACUCAAGGAAACAAGAAGAUGAAGAAACAUUCGACCAUUUCUAUACUGAAUUGAAAAAGUUAUCAAAAAACUGUGAGUUUGAGCAGUCGACUGAUUCAAUGAUCAGAGAUAGGAUUGUCUUGGGUAUCAAGUCGAGGCAAGUCCAAGAAAAACUACUUAACGUAGACAAGUUAGAUCUCAAUAAGGCCAUUGAGCUCUGUCGAGCAUGUGAAAUCGCAAAAUCCCAAAUAAAAAGUGUACAAGGUGCUGAAGCUAAAGUUGAAGUUGUUAAAAACAAAGCGAAGACAGUACAAAGGCAUGGCAAUACUGAAGAAAAAACAUUAAUAAGCUGUAAAAGCUGCGGAAAGAAACAUGAAAAAAGAAGAUGCCCAGCAUUUGGCAGAAAGUGCAACAAAUGUAGGCGCUAUGGACAUUUUGAGAAGAUGUGUAGAAGCACAAUGAUGGUGAAGGAGCUACAAGAAAGUAAAGAAGAAGAAGAAGAUGAAGAACUCUUAGUAUCUGUUGUGACAGUGAGUGAAGUGAAAAGUGAAUCGGAGUGGAUAGAGACAUUAGAAUUUGGUAAGCAAAAUAUUAGAUUUAAGGUAGACACAGGGUCUCAGGUUAAUUUGAUUCCACAACAUAUACUUAAAAGUAUUAAAAAUCAAGAUAUUGCAUGGCAAAAAACAAAAUUGGUACUUGAAACCUAUGGAGGUUUUAAAAUAACGCCUAUAGGUGUAGUAAAAUUAAAAUGUAAAUUUAGAGAUAAGGAUUACACAAUACAAUUUGUUGUUGUAAAAGAUAAAUCUAUGCCUAUUUUAAGUCUACAGUCGUCCAUGACAAUGAAUAUUUUAAAGAAAAUUAAUGAAGUUAAUUUAGGGUUAGAUAAGAACAGUUUUAUUAAUAAUAACAAAGAUUUAUUUAUAGGAAUAGGGAAAUUUAAAGAACAAUGUAAAUUAAAAGUAAAAAACAAUGCCAGUCCUGUGGCUAAGCCACCCAGAAGGGUUCCUUUAUCAAUAAAAGACAGGUUGAAAAAACACCUGGAUGCUUUAGUUAACAAAGGCAUUAUUGCUAAACACCAAGGACCGACUGAAUGGCUUAGUAACCUAGUUAUUAUUGAAAAAAGUGACAAAACAUUAAGGGUAUGUUUAGAUCCCAAGAAUCUUAACGAAGUAUUAGAAAGAGAAUAUUUUGAGAUACCAACCUUAGAAGAAAUAUGUGUUAAACUUAAAAAUAAAAGCUACUUUACUGUACUAGAUUUUAAAGAUGGGUUUUAUCAGGUAGAGUUAGAUUUAGAGUCAAGUAAACUGUGUGCUUUUGGAACACCCUUUGGAGUGUAUAGAUUUCUUCGUCUACCAUUUGGGUUAAAUUGUGCCCCAGAAUAUUUUCAAAAAUUAAAUCAAGAACACUUUGGUGAUAUUCCGGGAGUGAUAGUUUACUUUGACGAUAUUCUUAUAGCGGCUGAUACGUCAGAAGAACAUGAUAAGAUAUUAACUAGAGUGUUAGAAAGAGCAAAGAAAUAUAAUGUCAAAUUUAACAGCUCUAAAAUUCAGUAUAAAGUAAGAGAGGUAAAUUAUUUAGGAAAUAUUUUUGACAGGGAGGGUAUGAGGCCUGAUAAAAAUAAAAUUAAAGCAAUACAAAAUUUGGAACAACCAAAUAAUAAGAAAGAAUUACAAAAACUUCUGGGAAUGAUUAAUUAUUUAAGAAGGUAUAUACCCAACCUGUCAGAGAUAUCUGCACCACUGCGAAUAUUAUUAAAAAAUAACACUGACUGGAUAUGGACUGAUAAUCAAACAAAGUGUUUACAAAUGUUAAAAAAUAUUGUUAGUUCAGCUCCAGUAUUAGCUAAUUUCGAUGUAAACAAAGAAAUAACAAUACAAACAGACUCAAGUCAAAGCGGUGUAGGGUGCGUGUUGUUGCAGGAAAAUAGGCCUGUUGCUUUUGGAUCACGUGCUCUUACAGAUAGUGAAACUCGUUUUAGUCAAAUUGAAAAAGAAAUGAAUGCUAUACUAUAUUCAUGCCAGAAAUAUCACAGUUAUAUUUACGGUAGGAAGGUUAAAAUACUAACUGAUCACAAACCCUUAGUAUCAAUAAUGAAAAAAGGUGUUGCAGAUGUAAGUUCUCCAAGAUUACAAAGAAUUAAAGUAAAAUUGUUGAAAUAUGACAUUGACGUUCAGUAUUUACCAGGAAAAGAUAUGCUUAUAGCAGAUCUUCUCUCAAGAAAUUAUAUUAAAGACGAUAUAGGUAGUGAUAAUACAUUUUUGACAGAAAUUGUUCACUCAGUAAAUGUAACUGAUGAUAAAUUAAAGGUAUUUCAAAGUGAAACGAGUAAAGAUUUUGAACUAAAAUUAUUAAAGGAAAUUUGUUUAAAAGGUUGGCCUAAAACAAUAACUAAAACACCAAGUCCUAUAAGAAAAUAUUACAACUAUAAAACUGACAUAUAUACUUCUAAUGAUAUUAUGUUUCUAGGAGAUAGAAUAAUUGUUCCAGAGACUUUAAGGACAGAUAUGCUUACACAACUUCACGCAAAUCAUUAUGGUAUCACUAAGACACAAAAAAGGGCUAAAUCUUUAUUGUAUUGGCCAGGAAUAAAUGAAGAUAUUAAGGAAUUUAUAAAGAAAUGUAAGAAAUGUGAAGUAUAUCAAAAGAGUAACAUAAAAGAGCCCAUGAUUUUGAGAAAAAUACCUGAUUUGCCAUUUCAAAAACUAGCAAGUGACAUUUUAGAGUGGGGAGGUCAGUCAUAUAUAGUAAUUAUUGAUUAUUAUUCAAAGUGGAUUGAAUUAAUUUGUUUACAAUCAAAAACGUCUAAAUCAGUCAUUGAUGUAUUUAAACAAGUUUUUAGCACACAUGGAAUACCAUUAGAAGUGGUAUCAGAUAACAUGCCAUUUAAUUCAUACGAAUGUAAAAAAUUUGCAAAAGAAUGGGGAUUUAAAUUCUUGACAUCGAGUCCAAGAUACCCCAAAUCAAACGGCCUUGCAGAACGAGCCGUGCAAAUUGCUAAGAAUAUGCUGAGAAAGUGUACUGAUAUUAGCAAUGCUUUAUUGGAAUAUAGAAUGACACCUAUUUCCGCCUCAGAAAAGUCACCAGCAGAAUUAUUGUUUAACAGAAAACUACAAACUAAAUUGCCGAUUAAGACAGAAUUAUUAAUACCUAGCAAAAUAAAUUAUGAAAAGGAAAAAGAAAAGCUAGAACAAAAAAGACAAGAAUAUAAGAGCUACUAUGACAGGUCAGUAAGGGAGAGAAAAGAGUUUGAAGAGGGAGAAAAUGUUGUAGUAAAAGAAGGUAGAAUAUGGGAGCCCGGAAAGAUAAUCAGAAAAUUGGAAGAGCCAAGAUCAUAUAUAGUGCAGAAAGAGAAUGGAAAUGAAAUUAGAAGAAACAGUUCCCAUUUAAGGCAGUCACUAAAUGAAGGAAAUUUUAAUCAAAACCAUGAAUUUAUUUUAAAUGAGGGUGUUGAUAUUCCAAGUAAUGAUAUUCCAAGCAAUGAUAUAAGUAUUAGCAUAAAUCGGGCAACUGACAAAAGCAGGAGGCCUGUUAAACUGCCUCAGCAUUUUAAGGAUUUUCAUAUGUAUUAGCUUU